AGAGCUCGCAGAGCGGCUGUGCGGAAGUACUUUCAUCCGCGCUGCACAGAAGGGGCUUCGCCCUCGAGAUUAGCUAUUCUCGUCCCAAGUUUUCGCUUGGACGUAGGCAAAAGGGGUGGAACUUCUUCGCUCUGUGUUUUAACUUGAAUUCCGUCGUUCGCUACAAGUUAGCGCCCAUUACCGUCGGGUAAUGGCAAGGCCGAGCCACAGUGAGCAUGUCCUGCAGCAGCUCAACAACCAAAGGGAGUGGGGUUUCCUCUGUGACUGCUGCAUUGCCAUAGGGGACAUUUAUUUCAGGGCCCAUAAGGCCGUGUUGGCGGCCUGCAGCUCUUACUUCAGAAUGAUGUUCAUCCGGGAUCAGCAGGGAACCACACGGUUUGAUCUUAGCAACAUGCAGAUCAGCGCAGAGUGCUUUGAUCUCAUUCUGCAGCUCAUGUACCUUGGCCGAAUUGUAGUAGAUCACUAUGAAUUUGAAGAGCUGAAAUCAUCUAUGGCCUACCUACAAAUGUACUACAUCCCCGACUCACUGGAGGACCUCCGAGACAUCCAAACAUCCAAUCUGACACCCUCGACCUCUGCAUCGUCCUCUUCGUCAUCCAGCUCCUCGUCCUCAUCUGGCAUGGUGGGAAGCAAGAUGAUGUUCGGCGUUCGAAUGUUUGAGCAGCAGCGACCAAGCCCUUCUGAGAAUGAAUGCGCACCAAAAGCCUUAACCACAACUGCUCGUCAGACCAUUAACAUCUCAACUGUCAGGCCUGCUGAAGAUGUGGUCAUACCACACCCUCCGCCACACUCAGAGACCGUUGUAGACCAGCCAUGUGACUUGAGGAAGAGAACUUCAGGCCGAAGCUCUGCCAUGAAAGAACGUCCUCGAUUUGGUCGUACAUACACUUGCGACGAUUGCGGUUUUGUGUUCAGCUGUGAAAAGCUGCUCAUCGAACACAUCCUCACAUGCACCAAUCGCAAAGCUUUCCAGACUCCCAAAGUCAGCAAGGAGGUUUAUGGCGAUGCCGGAAAAGCCGAGAGUUCGACCUCAGAGGGUACAGAUGAGUACAGAACGGUUUGUAAGGGCGAAGAGGACUGGCCAGACCACAAGCCAGACACAGAGACCGUGAUCAGGUCCGUCGCCACUGGCAUGGAUGGCAAAGCUGCCUUCUCCAGGAAUAUUACCAUUAAAGUGGAGCGAGAUGACGAUUCUGAGACCGAUUUGGAAACUAUAAAAGUCAUAAAGGUAGGGAACCAUAACGUAGGGAGCUGCAAAGUUCGUACCAGAGUGUACAAAGACAAUCUUGCAGACCAGAUGAAGUUUGACAGUGAGGAAGAGGCUGGAGUAUCAGCCAUGGAUGCUUUGGAGGGCCAAAGCACAGGGUUAGACACGGAUCCAAAGGUGCACCGGAUCAAAGAGGAAAAGCAAGAUGGCGCGUGCAUUCCAUGCGAGUUGUGCGGAGCCCUGUUGACGGAGGAGGAUCAGUCCGCUCAUUACAUUUCCAGCCACAUGGGACAUAUCUGCGCCUGUGGAAGGUGCGGCCAAGUGCUCAUUAAAGGCAGGCAGCUGCAGGAGCACGCCGAGCGUUGCGGUGAAACCCAAGGGGCCGAGACGGACUCCCCAGGUGAGGAAUCGCUUCUACUUGAAGAUGCUGAGGCUAUGGAAGAAAGCUUGUUAGAAGGAGCUGACCUGGGCUUUCGCUGUCCACUCUGUGGAAUAAUAUUUGAAAGCGAAAGUCUUGCGGUGGAGCACACGUUGGCUUGUCCGGAGCAGGAGUCGUUCCGGCCCGUUCUGUUGGAAGAAGGCAGUGAGCCAGACCAUCGGCGCAAGCAUUUCUGCGCAAUUUGCGGCAAAGGCUUUUACCAAAGGUGUCAUCUACGGGAGCACUACACUGUGCAUACCAAGGAAAAGCAGUUCACCUGUCAGACCUGCGGGAAACAGUUUCUGCGCGAGCGACAGCUGCGGUUGCACACUGACAUGCACAAGGGAAUGGCGCGGUACGUUUGCCCCAUGUGUGAUCAGGGUACGUUCCUCAAACACGAUCACGUGCGACACAUGAUCUCUCACCUGUCUGCCGGAGAGACUAUCUGCCAGGUGUGUUUCCAGAUUUUCCCCAGCGGCGAACAUCUUGAGAAGCACAUGGAUGUGCAUCUGUACAUCUGUGGCGUUUGCGGAGAGAAGUUCCGUCUCCGCAAAGACAUGCGGAGCCACUACAACUCCAAGCACACCAAGAGACAAUGAGAGGCCUCUCUCUGAAACCCUGGAAUCUUUGAAAUAAGCCAUACUGUAAAUGUGAGAACAAAUCUAUGCACUUAGACACCAAUUGUAACCUUUACAACUGCACUUUCUGUGUGUAUGCAAAUUCUGGAUGUGUUGCUCAAUGUUUUUGGUGGGACAUAGUGCCUCAAGCUUUUGUCUUCAUUUUCUUAUACUUCGAGAUGGAUAUCCAGACACUGGUUAAGUCUAGAUAUUGACUAAAUCACACUAUCAGUUGUGUUUCAGUUGAAAAUGCUAAAUAGGUCUGUAGUUAUGAAACUGGCCCAUGGCUAAUAGUUUUACAUCCGAUAAAUAUCUGUUCAUGAAGCUUUAACGGUGGUACACCAACAUUUUAACUUUAGUAUUUAAGAGGACUUUUGUCAAAAGGUUAAUUUGUUUUCAUAGGUGGUGCUUUUUUAGUGAACAUAAGCAUAUACUGCUUCCAUUUUGUCAUUAAUUCAAGUAGCUCUGGUGUCCUUACCUGUUAUAAUAUUCCAUGUUCAAUUGCCCUUAAAGGGAUAGUUCACCCAGAUGAAUUCUUUAAUCAUUUACUCACCCUUACUGUAUGUUAUUCUGAACCUUUAUGACUGACUCUCUUCUGUUGAGAUUUUGAAAAAUAUCAGCUUUGUAUGUACUGUUUUUGUCCAUAAAAUGAAAGAUAGUGGGGUCCAAUGUUGUUUUGGAUAA